UUAUUACAAGGUUGAUAUGUGAUGAGCCGCUAAGUGCAAUAACUUUUCGCGUUCAUUUAUUAUUUUAUUAUAGAGGAUAUUUGGUKUCGAUGUGAAAGGAAGGAUCUCUGGAUCACGGUAUUUCAUUUUGCUGAAAAAAAAUUCUUUCCUCUUGAGCAAAUACUGAAAAAGAAAGCUUACCUCGUAAAAUGAAACAGCAACACGUGCGAAACUGUAGCUUCUCAACUUGGUAUCCAAGAUUCAAGAACGUCACUAUUCGUAGCCGUGUUAUUCCUUUGAGUAAAGAUUUCAUAGACUAUCUAAAUGCUGAUGGUGUUGUUCUACCCGGAGAACCUUGUAGCCAUACGCGCAACUCCGACGACGAAAGUGAUUCUGAAGAAUGGAAAAGCAGGGAAGAAGAUCCUGACCAAGAAACAGCUCAAGCACCAGAGUUUAAUGAGAUUGAAACGAAAAUUAAAGAAGCAGUCAGUGAUCUAGGGGGUUCUGUAUUCCCUAAGUUAAACUGGAGUGCCCCAAGAGAUGCCUCUUGGAUAUCUCACAACGGUACAUUGAAAUGUAAAAGUGUAAAUGAAAUAUAUCUCUUGUUGAAAAGUUCAGACGUUAUAGCAGAACAAUUAACCAAUCCAUUUGAGGGCUGUGAAGACAGUCAAAGUGAGAAUGAUAUGGGAUAUGAACUGGUGCUCAGAAAAUGGAUGGAUAUUUACCCGGGAAUGGAAUUUAGAUGUUUUGUUAAAGAUAGAGAACUUGUAGGAAUCAGCCAACGAGAUAUCUCAAGCUUCUAUCCCUUCAUCAAAGAAAAUCAAGAUGACGUUAUCACUGAUAUUUUAUUAWUUUUUGAGAAUAAGAUUGCUGAAGCCUUCCCAGAUAGUUGCUAUGUGUUUGAUGUGUACAGAUAUGCAGAUCAGAAGGUUUUGCUUCUUGACGUCAGUCCAUUUGGUCCACCAACCAACCCRCUGUUGUUUACAUGGUCUGAAUUCACUGAAGAUGAACUUGAACAGUUGCAGGAUGUGGAAUAUCCUGUCUUUAGAGCUAUAAAUUCUGAAGUAGGAAUUCAACCAAGUCCAUUUUCUUCUAGCCACUUGCCAAAAGACUUUAGAGACUUGGCAGCAGGAGAGGAUAUUAAUAAACUUGUUGACUUCCUCAAUGUUAAUCAACUGAUACGAAGACCUGAAGAUGAUGAUGAUGAGUAAAUCUGCUAGCUAGUACCAACAAACAUUUGUGAUUCCUCUGAUUAAUGAUAAAUAAUAAAGAUUAAUUAUUAUCCACCCUGAAAAUUAUGUGAAUAAACAUGCUGUAUGAAA